GGUAAAUUAAGAAACAUGGCAAUAAUGGAAUUUUCUUUAUUUACGUCACAAGUCACAAACUUGCUGUCAAGGGUUUAAAGGUUAGGAAAGUUGUUUAAGUCCUUUUAAAAAACAAGUAGUUGUUCAUCUCUUUUCUUUUGUAUAUUUUAUUUAUAAAUCUGAUGUUUUUUUUUUCAACGUGAAGAUGGAACUAAAGAACAUACUGUCUGCAAUUAUAAAGGGAGUUUAUGAUAGCUUUAGAGGCAUGGUUGUAAUAUUUUACUUAGAUAAGGAAAUAAAUGAUAGUGUCAGAACAAGACAUAGUCCAGCAAUUAGGCAAAAAGACUCAGAAUCUAAAACCCAUUUAUCAAAUCGACAAGGCAAACAAGAAAGAUCCAAAGUUGGUCGGAAUGUCUUACAGUGUGCCCUGUUGAAUGGAGGUGUUUUUCUGCUUAGUGUCUUAAUAUUUGAACAUCUUUUACUUCCAACUAUAGAUGCUUUAAUUGAAAUGAUUUUUGGAGAUAGUUCAUUUGUGACUGUGUGGUUUUGGGUGAAGCAUUUUAUACUUAUGGUUUACCGAUCUGCUUGGCUCGUACCUUUAUUUCUACUAAGUAAGGUGAUUAAUGCAUUGUGGUUCCAAGACAUAGCUGAUUCUGCCUAUAGACAUAGCAGAGGAAGACCAGUUUCUUUUCCCAGUAUAAGUAUGUUUUUUGCGGAUUCAUUUUUUAGUAUCGUGGUCCAGUGUCUAUUUUUAAUCCAAGCCACAUUGACAAGUUACAUACCCAUAAACCCCUUGGGAUACAUUUUAUAUAUUACCCAAGUGUCACUAUUGUACUCUCUAUAUUCUUUUGAGUACAAAUGGUUUAAUAUGGGUUGGGAAUUGCACAAAAGGUUAUCGUUUAUAGAGGAAAAUUGGCCAUACUUUCUUGGGUUUGGGCUGCCAUUAACCAUACUUACUCAGCUAUCUGACUCUUGGGUUAUAAGUGGUUGUGUAUUUUCAAUAUUAUUCCCCCUAUUUAUUAUAAGUGGAAACGAAGCAACACCAGUAACUGGAGUGACUAACCUCCACUUGCAGCUAUUUACUUUAGUCAUAGGGACAGGAAACACACUUUUCAGUCGAACCAUAGGAAAAUCAAAGAAAGUUCCACAAACUCCGGUAACUGUAACCCAAAACAGAGUUAGAUAAUAGCUAAAUAUAAUCUGCUUAAAUAAAAUAUAAAAUUUUUAUUUCCUGAUAA